CUGCACGCUGGUUUUUCUUUAGAAUGCAUGCCGUUUCUUUGAAGAGCACCGAAGUGAAAAUCCCUCAAAGAUCAAAUCAAAUAGUCCGUUGCCUACAAAAAGAAUAGCGCGAAUAGUGAGAGAUGGGGAAUACGGCCGUAAAGACAUCAAAAAAUGACAUAUUUGGAAUCUCGGGUCCUCCAGUUAAUACUCAUGACUGGAACGAUCCAGAUUACCAAAGGAAGGUCAUGGCCUGCUGCACCAUGGGUGUUUAUGUUCUGGAGCGUGAUCGCCAAAACAAUCGGCAAGGACCCCAAGCUCUUGCAGAGCCUUGGUGGAAAUCAUUCCAUUUUGAGCUGCAUACUGUGAUCAAGGACACAGACGGCAACAUCUUCGGAGUCAUACUUGAAUUCAACCCCCAGACCAAUCACAAGCAGUACUCACGGCAAGGUGCUCCAAGAUAUGUGAUUGCCUUCAGAGGCACCAUCCCCCAGUCCGACUCCUUAAUCCGAGACUUGAAGUUGGAUUUCAAUAUCAUCAUGAACGAACUUCACCUGUCCCCCUGCUUCCAUAUUGCAGUUCGAUGGGUUGAGCAGAUGGUGGCUACCAAGGAGAUUAUUUGGUUAACUGGUCAUUCUUUAGGGGCUUCAAUGGCAAUGCUCGCCGGGAAGAAGAUGGCCAAGAAUCAUGCAACUUAUCUUCCGGCUUUUCUGUUCAAUCCACCAUUUCCGUCAUUCCCAACCGAAAUGAUCAAGGAUAAGACUUUAAAGAACAAAGCUCGAAAGGUGAAAAGCAUCUUGAAAGCUCUACUUGCUAAGAUGGUGAAGCCUGAACCUGAAUCUCCAUUUGCUGCCUUGUUUCCAUGGAUGCCGCAUCUGUUUGUCAAUCCCGAGGAUCAUAUCUGCAUGGAGUAUAAAGGUUAUUUUGAGCAUAGAAAAGUAAUGGAGGAAUGUGGAAUGAAGAAGAUAGAGCAACAAGCAACCCAGUAUACGGUUGGAGGUCUGAUGCGGAGUGCAAUUGGGAAUGGAGCAGAACCCUUGCAUCUCAUUCCCUCUGCAAAUUUGUUUGUUAAUCUUUCACCUGUUGAAAAACCUCAUGCCAUUAAGCAGUGGUGGAUGCCCAACAUGCAGCUGCAGCGCACAGAAUAUCGCUACAAAUAACAGGCCAAGCAGCUGGAGCUGGAGCAGAAGACGAAACUGCAUUAAAAAGGGAAAAUGGAAAUUAUUGUACUAGAUUGGGGAUCAUGACCAGUACAACCCAGAGACAGAUUUUAAUUACUUAAAACAGACGUAUAAAAAUUGAUUUUACUUCUGUACUGUAGAUCUAAAACUGGUUUUACAGAUUUUGUUUUACUUCGAUAGACAUAAAA